AUGGCCCCUCCGCCUGUCACGAAACCCAUGCCAGCACUCAACGGUCAUGAAGUCAAUGCUCCAGGCCCGAACAGUUCAGCCUCAAAGGAGUUAUCGUACGAGGAAAGGCGCACGAUGUGGGUUGAUCGUAUAAAACUCCUGUCUGAAGCCGUAGUCGCUUACGGUGAUUUUGCACGGCUCCAAAAAGAAGCAGAGCAACGCGACCGUCUCUCACAAGCAUGGCGUUCUGCUGGCUUGUCGGAGGAUAACAAAGCGCGCUUGAGCAUACUGGCGUCGGACACUGCUUUGAAGCGUGACGCUAGGAAAGCAGAGCUCAACAAGAUCCACGCCCGCUUAGUCGAUACGGAUUUUUGGCCAACAAACGAGAAGAGCCCUCCGAGCCUGGCUGAUAGUCACAAGGAUAUGCAUGCGACGAUCGCAGAAUUGAAAGGGAGCGUUGCAAAUCUUCAUCAACUCUUGGAGCAGAUACGAGCAGAGAUUCCAAAGUCUCUCGACAUAAAGCCAACACCUGUGGACAUUCCUGCCGGAGGUUCUGAUGCCACUCGUCCCGCAAAGCGCCGAAGAGUCUCUGUGAGUGAAGACGACGCUAUUUUGCAGCAGGUAGAUCAGAAGCAAACAUCGAAUGCUGAACAAGCAACGGACGAACUACGUGAUCGGCUCUUACUUUUGGAACAGCAAUUGUCCGAAAUUCAGAACGAGAUCGCUGAGCAUGAUAACGACUUGCUUUACAGUAUGGAAGAAAUGCUGCAAUCGCGACUCGAGACAGGGAACAAUAUAUCGGAAGGAGCACAAGCAAGUACAAGGGACGAGCGCAUUGGUCCACCCGACAAGGCUCACGGCAAUGAGCAUUUAGGCCAGGAGCUGGAUAUUCUAGGUGGGCAAGUAGAGGAACUAGCAGUGGAAGUGGCAAACAUAAUCACACGAAUGAACGCCUCGGAUUCGGAGUACGCAAAGCUCCGAACUGAAAACGAGCAUCUGCGGAAACGAAUUGAUGAUUUGGAACAGCGGUAUAAGUCAGACAUGGACAGAUUCCAAACAAACAAACUUGAAAUGCAGGCUCUCAGUGCGGCAGUCACAUCGUUCAUGACACAAGCAAAGCCUUCGCCCAUGCUGCAAUUUCCAGCGAUUGAAGAUAUUCUUACGGAAGUUCGACCGGCGGUCCUCCAAUCCCUGCAAGCAGAUGUCAAGCCUCUCCUACAGACCACUCAUGAAAAUCUCAGUAAUAUGCUGCAAGAACAACAUAACAUGGUAUAUGCUGCGGUGAUGUCAAAAAUGACACCUGCCAUUGAUAGUAUGCGAGCCGUUUCGACUUGGCUGGAACGACUCCAUACAGGGGAAAUAGAUGCUGUUGAGACAUUGAACACAUCAGGUUGA